CUGCUUCAUUGUGGGGCUGCUGCUGAUGCUGAGACCUUAGCGAUUUUUUCCCCCUAAAAACAAAAUGCCAUGGACACGGUUUCACGCAGAUUAGGACUCCUCACAUGAUGAAAAUCGAUUGCGAGCCUUUUUUUCUCAUAGGAGAAUGAGGAAGAGGAGGAACUGGAAACCAUUGGAGCGCCUUGGAAAGUUUCUGUGAAGUCUCAAUGAAAGCUUUAGAAGAGCCCCUCUAGUAUUUGACUCAAUGGCCAAGAAAGGGCGUACGAAGAGCGAGAAGCCUGAAGCGCUCAUCUCUGCCCUACAGGCAGCCAAUGAAGACCUCAGGUCCAAGCUGACUGACAUUCAGAUAGAACUACACCAAGAAAAAUGCAAGGUAAGCAAACUAGAGCGCGACAAGCUCCAGGAGGUGAAGCGGGUGCGGGAGCAGGAGCAGCACCGGCACACUGCCAUGAUGACGGAGCAGCGGGCCAAGUGGCACGAAGAGAAGUUAAAAGAGCUCCAGGCUCUCAGGGAAAACCUGACACGGCAACAUGAGCUGGAGCUGGCCCGCCACGCCAAAAUCAAAGACCAGGAGAACCAGAGGCUCAAAGCGGCUCUGAACGCCAUGCGCGAUGGCAGCGGAGAGAAGGUGCGGACAGCCCUGACUAUGGAAGCCAAGGAGGAUGCUCGCCGCUUCUUCGACGUGGAGAGGGUGAAGCUCCUGCAGGAGAUAUUGGAGCUGAAGUCUCUGAAGAAGCAGACGGACGAGGCUCUCAGCAACAUGAUCCAGUCCGACAAGAUGAAGGCUGGCGACCUGCGGGUGGAGCACCAGCAGCACCAGGAGCAGAUCUCUAAGAUCAAGUGGGACUCUGAGAAGGACAUCCGCAGACUGGUGGAUGAAAUCAAAUCUAAAGAUCGCUGCAUCUUUGCUUUGGAGAAGGAACUGGAUUCAACGGCGGGUUUCUUGCAGAAGCUGCAGCUCCAGAAGGAAGCUCUGGACGACCAGCUGUUCCUGGUGAAGGAAGCUGAGUGCGGCCUGGGAAGCCCCAAAAGAGAGAUUCCCGGCAGAGCUGGAGACGGAGCUGAGCACUGUGGUAGCCCAGACUUAAGGAGAAACCAAAGGCGUCUUGCUGAUCUCAACUCGACAGUACGCAAAUUAGAGGACCGCAACUCACUGCUGGUGGAUGAGAGGAAUGAGCUGCUGAAGCGAGUUCGAGAGUCAGAGAAACAGUCCAAGCCACUGCUGGAGAGGAACAAGCUGAUGAGUAAGAGGAACGAUGAUUUGACUCUGACAAUCCAGAAGCUAGAGGACAAACACAAGAUCCUGUCCAGGGAGAACAAUGAGAUGAAGGAGAAGAUCAGCUCCCAUCCUCCACUGAAGAAGCUAAAGUCUCUGAAUGACCUGGACCAAGCACACGAUGACCAGGAAAUAGCCUUCUUCAAGCUCCAAGUCCUGGAGCAACAAAACAUAAUUGAUGAGCUGACAAGAGACCGGGAAAAACUACUAAGAAAGAAAAGGCAUAAAAGAAGUUCAAGGCCAAUAAAGAGGCACAUCGUAGUAGACACCUUCUUCGGGUAUGAUGAAGAGUCGAUGGACUCAGAGACGUCCUCAGUGGCUUCCUUCAGGAUGGACAGAACUCCUGCGACUCCCGAUGAAGACCUGGAGGAGGGUCUCGCCAAUGAGGAGUCGGAGCUGCGUUUCCGUCAGCUCACCAGAGAGUAUCAGGCCUUACAGCGAGCCUACGCCCUGCUGCAGGAACAGAAAGGAGGCAUUCUGGAUGCUGAGAUGGAAGCCAAGGCUCAGGAGCAGAUCCAGGCAGAGGUUCUCAGGUAUAAAGCCAAAAUAGAGGACUUGGAGAAGGAACUGAACCUAAAGGGACAGGACUCCAAAUGGGUGGAGGAGAAGCAGCUCUUCUUACGAAGGAAUCAGGAGCUAUAUGACAAGCUGGAAAAGGUGGAUUCAGAGAGCAGCCGGGCGCAGCAGGAACUACAAGACUCCAGAGAUCAGAACGAACUGUUGGAGUUUAGGAUACUGGAGCUAGAGGAGCGUGAGAGGAAGUCCCCUCCAUUCAACCACCUGAGGAUGCAUCCCUUCUCUGAGGGAGUCAGCGCUCUGCAGAUCUACUGUAUGAAGGAGGGGGUCAAGGACGUGUGCAUACCAGAUCUCAUCAAACUUCUUGAUAUCCUGGGAGACAACGGGAAUUUAAGAAAUGAGGAGCAAGUGGCCAUUAUUCAGGCUAGCACUGUUUUGUCACUAGCAGAAAAGUGGAUUCAACAGAUUGAGGGGACGGAGGCAUCGCUGCACCAGAAGAUGAUGGACCUGGAGAUAGAGAUGGAGAUGUUCUGUAAACAGAAGGGAUAUCUAGAAGAGGAGCUGGACUACAGAAAGCAGGCCCUGGACCAGGCCUACAUGCAAAUCCAGGAGUUGGAAGCAACGUUAUACAACGCCCUGCAGCAGGACAAGGUGAUAAAGUACGGCGAGCCUCUGGACGAGCUUCAGAAGGACGAGCUGCGGACAGCGGUGGAGAAGCUGAGGAGGCAGAUGCUGAGGAAAAGUCGAGAGUACGACUGCCAGAUCCUCCAGGAGAGGAUGGAGCUGCUGCACCAGGCACACCAGAGAAUUCGUGACCUUGAAGACAAGACGGAAAUCCAGAGGAGGCAGAUUAAAGACCUGGAGGAAAAGGUAACAUAUGUUUCAUUUUCACACGCAAAAAUUAGACUUUGAUGCAAACAAAGAAGU